AUGGAGUUUAAUUCUUUUGAAGAAGUAAUGACUUAUUACAAGCAGUAUGCUAAGAAUAUUGGGUUUGGGGUGACGACAAGAAGGACUGAGAAGGGAGAUGAUGGGACUGUCAGAUAUGCCACCCUCGGCUGUGCCCGUGGUGGGAAAGCCCGUAAUAGGACGUUGAAUGUUGCCAGGCCACGGCCGAUAGGAAAAACGGAGUGUAAGUCAAAGAUUAAUGUCUUAAAGGUAGAUGGAAAGUAUCAGUUGACAACAGUUAAUAACAUUCAUAACCACGGCCUCAGUCCAAAAAAAUCCCGUUUCUUUCAAUGUAACAGAGAAGUUAGUGACUCUGUAAAAAGAGUCUUAGAUACAAAUGAUCUAGCUGGAAUCCGAAUGAAUAAGAGUUUUGGAUCUCUUGUCGUUGGCGCGGGAGGUUUCGAAAACCUACCGUUUUUGGAAAAGGAUUAUCGGAAUUACAUCGAUAAGGCUAGACAUUUACGACUUGGCGCUGGUGGUGCUGGAGCCCUUCGAGAAUAUUUUUUACGGAUGCAAUACAAGAAUCCUGGGUUCUUUGCGUCGAUGGAUUUAGAUGACGACGGGAGGUUAAAGAAUGUCUUUUGGGCAGACCCCCGUAGUAGGGCAGCCUAUGAAGAUUUCGGUGAUGUGGUUACAUUCGACACCACAAAUCUGACGAAUAGAUAUGGGAUGCCAUUCGCACCAUUUGUUGGUGUAAACCACCACGGCCAGUCAAUUCUUUUGGGAGCAGGAUUGAUAUCCUGUGAGGAUACGGCAACGUUUGUGUGGUUAUUCAAGACCUGGUUACAGUGUACGGAUGGUAUAGCUCCUAGAGCUAUUAUCACAGAUCAGGACAGAGCAAUGAAGAAUGCUAUUGCUAUUGUCUUUCCACAGAGUCGACAUCGAUUUUGUUUGUGGCAUAUACUCAAAAAAGUCCCUGAAAAGCUUUCUUCCUAUUCUGCCUACAAAAGUGGGAUGAAAAAUGCUUUGAUGAAAUGCGUGUAUGACACCCAAAAUGUUGAAGAGUUUGAAAGUUCUUGGGAGCAAUUAAUCAGCACUUACAAGUUGGAGGAGAAUGCUUGGUUGAAAAGUUCAUACACUGAGCUCAAGCAUUGGGUACCGGCAUUCUUAAAAGAUUCUUUUUGGGCGGGGAUGAGUACAACGCAGCGAAGCGAGAGCAUGAAUGCUUUUUUUGAUGGUUAUGUUCACGCGAAGACAAACUUGAAAGAGUUUGUCGACCAGUUUGACAAUGCAUUGAAGAAGAAAAUUGAAAAUGAAAAUAACGCUGACUUUCACUCAUUUAGCAGAGAUGGUGGUGUCAAGACGUAUCUUAUAGAGGAUGAAGUUCAUGUGGAAGACUUCACUAAGCUAGUUACAUUUUCAGUGGACUUUAGUGAUGUGGAAACAGCUGGAAAGUGUUCGUGUGGGCUAUUUGAGAUGAGGGGAAUACUGUGCAGGCAUAUUUUGGUUGUUUUUAAAUGUAAUGGUAUAAAAGUUUUGCCAAAUCAGUAUAUUUUAGACAGAUGGAGGAAGGACAUUAAGAGGAGGUACACGUUAAUCGACAGCAGCUAUGCCGAAGGGGCUCAGCGAGCAGAUGCUAACAGAUAUUCUACUCUAUUGAAUAUAUGUUAUAAGAUGAUUACUCACGCUGCGGGUUCAAAGAAACAUACAGAGGAUGCAACACAGAAGUUGUAUUCAAUGAUUGAGUUAUAUAGUGAGAACCAAGAACCUCCAUCAAGAACAUGCACGGGUUCCAAUAACCCUCCGUCGAUACCGAAUGCAACUACAUGUGCGGGUUCAGAUAAAGUACUCAGUCCGCUGGUAGUAAGAGGGAAAGGCAGACCACCAUCUCUAAGGAGAGCAUCGACCAUGGAAAAAGAGAUAAGGAAAGUUAAGGCGAAGGCCAAGAAUGCAACAGUCAAGGGAAAACGUAAACAAAGAGAUGAAGGAGAUACACCAUUGCCGGACACUUGCAGAAAUUUAUUUGGCCCGUCAGAUAAAGAUAUUUGUGAUGUUGGAUUGUCGCAGCUUGUUGAAGACAGCUCAAUUCUUGAAAAAUGUCGAACCCAGCGCCAAGAAUCAAUGAUCGGCAAUCAAGAAAUGAUGUUCUUUGGGUUGGAUGAAUCACAACCGGUGGAUGAUACUGAUUCAUGA